AUGAAUUAUCCUUCUGAUCAACCACCAUAUUAUUCGUACGACCAGUAUCACCAGGGAUACCAGCAGCAGCGGCCCUACCAGACACCAGGAAGUCAGCCGAAUGGACAUUUAUCCAAUAUGCGUCCACAAGGAGGCCCUACUGGCAUUUAUCCUCACAAUGAGUCCGUGGAUAAUCAUACCACCGGGAGCCAAGGGCAACAAAAGCUGAGCAACGGCACCAAUACGAUAUCUAUUUACAACACAUCAGCAGGAAACAGCAGAAGAGGAUUCUGGUCGCCCGAGGAAGACCGCAAAUUGAUGGAAUUAAUAUCGAUAUUUGGGGCAUCGAACUGGGUCAAGAUUUCGAAUUCACUUAGUACCAGAACCCCAAAACAGUGCCGCGAGCGCUACCACCAGAACUUGAAUCCUUCGUUGAACAGAAAGCCUAUAUCUGCAGAAGAGGGAGAACUUAUCGAGCAGUUGGUAGCGAAACACGGUAAGAAAUGGGCCGAAAUUGCAAGACAUUUGAAUGGGAGGUCAGAUAACGCUGUGAAAAACUGGUGGAAUGGAGGGGCGAAUAGGAAAAGAAGGGCGACCGUGCAUAUGAAAGUAUCCCCAGAACAGCUGUUCAGCACGGCGGCAGGCCAUUCCCAAGACCUGAUACAAGAUCAGAGGAACGUGCAACGAUUACCACAACCAUUACCACAACCACACCCUCCUCAACAAAUUUCUUUUAAAACAUCGAUGUUUGGUGACCAAGAGGUGGCCAAUACACCUCCUUUAUCGUCCACGUCUUCUGCAAAUUCAACAUCUCCAUAUCGGACUUCUAAUCAACGACUGGCAAGUUUGGAUGUUGACAACGUGGCUCAAUUGAUGCAUCACCAUAACAUGCAUGCAAAUAGUAGUCAGAGCGCUAAUACUACUGCGUCCAAUCUGAAUAGCAACCAGAAUAUAGUAUUGCCUCCGUUGAAUAAUGUAAAUGGCUCUUUACCGUCAUUAAUCUUACCAUCUAAGAAAAGACUAUUAGAUGAGCACAACCCAAUUUCACGGAGACAUUCGUACGCCAAUACGAUGUAUUCGGUUCAAAAUCAAAACGCUUAUGCCAACAACAUAACUAAUAGUAAUCCAAACCUAUCCAAUUUGGUAAAUGCGUCACACCAACCAAAUUCAUUGAAUACAAGUGGCCAAAACUCACCUUAUCAUGGGUCACCAUUGAUGCUAAGUAACCAAGCUUCUAGAAACAAUUCAAUUUCCAUCCCCAACUUUGAAUUUUCUACACUAAACACCUCGAAUGCAACGUCGUUGUCUGACUCAAGACGAUCUUCAUACAAUCCAGACUUUUUCCCUAAUCCGUUGAAGGAGAACGCUCAAACCAGUCACAAGAGAAAUAUCUCCCAAAAUUCUUUCAAUUCACCUUUGACUCCAUCUUACAGAUAUUCUGUCUCAAGUGGAGGAUCCACAUAUAAUACAACAACAAAUACUAGUUCCAGCUCGAAUCCUAACGCUAAUACGAAUAUUAAUACUAGUAACACUACUAACAAUAGUGCCAUUGACGCCGAUCAACCUAAUGCAAGUCCGGAAUACGUCAAAGAUGACAAGUCGGCUGCUACAGGUUCAGAGGAGAAACGGCAAGCUGGGCAGGACAAAAACCAUUUUGGUAGCGAUAAAAUUGACGAAGAUCAAGAUAUUAAAGAAAAUACUGAAGCUACCGAGAAUACCAAAAUUUCAGUAUCAAGUUUACUUGAUUGA